AUGACAUCUUUGGUAUCUACGCCCAAAUUCGAACUAGUAGAAUCCAAACCACUUCACGACGGCGGACUUGAAGAGUCUCUAUUCACCGUUUGGAGAACCACGAGAAACGCCAAGUUAGACUUCUCGCGUCUUCGCAACAGAUCAUGGAGAUUGAUUAGUGAAAGAAUAUUCAACUGCUCGCAAAAAUCCUUGGACAAGUCGCUCUUGACUCUCCACGACAAACCGCUCGUCCCCCAUUCCAACUCCAUAUGGCCACCAAUGCUGCAGAACCGCCCCUCUCUUUUUCAGAACCAGUCCAAAUACACUCGGCACAGCAUUCUGAGCUUGCAGAAAUUAGCUUUUUCAGACGCGAACUUGGAGUUCGCGUCGGGAGAGGACUCCUCUGAUAUCUCCGAGGAUGAGCUAUCGGAUGAUGAUUAUGUCCAGUACGAGCCUGCGCAAAGCCCAAGGUUCGUUAAAACACAGAGGCACGACGCACCCAUGAACCAGACCAUCGGAUUUGCAUCAAAGCUGGAAUCCCGGUCCGCUCUGCCGACAACCGAAACUUCGACCAAAGUCGAUGUCCAACCGAUUCAGGCCAAACAAGCGUGCAAUCUCAAUGGAGCGAGCCGAGCGAACAGCAAGGGAAAUAUAUUUUUCAUUUCCAGCUCGGUCUCACCACGAGGUCCCAAAAACAGCGAGAGUCAGUCCUGCCUAUUCAAUAAUGAACCACCACCAACACCCAUGCACAUAGAGAGAAAGGACUCUCUAUUCAACAAUACAGCUACCAUGAGCGAGAACUCUGCCAGAAAUGUCGCUUCCAGCUUGUCUUCGACCGAUAUAUCCGAAGUGAGUGACUUUGAAAAUCAGCCGUCAUCUCUUCGCAAAAAUGAAGUUUAUCCGAUUGCUACGGAUGCAAUCUCCACCAAAAAAGGUAGAAGUAUGAAAGUAACGGAAGAUACAGAGAGUGAGUGGAUGUCUGUCUCAUCAGAUAGCGAGUUGGCGCCUGAAUCUCCAUCAAUCCAACCGAUAUCUUUCGUGAAAAGGAUACCCAUACCACAGCCCGUGGAUGACAAUCCCUGUCAGCCUGCCGACGAUACCCUAAGGAAUUCCCCGUCAUCAUUCAAACCUCGGUCUCUUCUAUCUGGUCUUUUUCUAAGCGAGUUGAACAACCCUGCAAUUCGGUCACCUGUUUCCACAAAGAGUGCAAACCUCGAGCACGUGGCUCCCAAGCCUGUGCUAAAGAGGUCAUCGACAACUGGUGUGAUCACUGUUGACUCAAACUCUAGUGCUCGGGGUAUACAGCGGCCUUCCAUUCUUUUAUCCAAAAGGUAUGUGUCUUCAAGCGAUUUCACAAAGAAAGUAACACCUCACCGCUCUCCCAUCCCUUCUGUGGCCGAAGAAGAUCCCGCCAAGGAGGAUAAUUCGAAUAGCGAUGAGCAACGCUUGUUCACCAAACAGACAUCCAGUGUGGGUCUUUCGAACUUUUUGGCCAUGGCGGACGCGAAGAACAACACGCAACAUGCCGACCUGAAAAGUGACAGUAGUCACAUGGACCAGCAAGGUACUGCGGCGGGAGCAGAUGCACUUUCAAGCAGCUUGAGCAAAUACUCAUCAUGGCAGUGCGAGAGCUCAAUCAAAAACCUCUUCACCAAAAGUUCAAUCAAUCUUCUGUCUUUGUUCGGACACGGGAUCACUGGAAAGCUAAGACUACAAAGCGAUAGCACAAGUAACGAGACAGUCAAGUCUAUGCCCUUGCAUCAGCCAGAACCUGUGCCACCGGUGGCCUCACUGUUUGCAGAGCAUUUGUCACAGCAAAGCCUCAUGGAACCAUCGAAUAGCGAAAGCACCUUAACGACAAGUAAGAGUGUUAGGGUGGAGCCCAAAGUCUUGCGGGAUUUUACUCCUUCUGUUGAAAUUAGCGAGUCCUUGAAGGAUUCUUUGAUGAUUGAUCACAAGCUCGGGAAAGCGCCGUUGCCAGAUCGGGUUAUCAGUCACGAGGAUUUAUUUUCAGGCCUUGACAAGAAAGCCUUUGUUCAGGACACAAGCGAUUAUCAUUCCAAAGGAUGGUAG